CAGUGCACGUUUUAUUUGCCUCAGCCUGCAUUAAUCCCUCCGCUUUAAAGUAGUUUAACUCUUAUCUUCAGUGUAAAUCAGGCAUGCACCAUCGCAUAUGGUAAAAAAAAAUCAGCCUGCGGCUCGUCUCGGUGUGAGUGACCUCUCUCCGUAUUUGUUGCGCCCUCGUCGUCAGCAGCUGCUCACGAAGCGCCGAGCUGGGCCGCCGCAGCUGCCCGACAGAGAAGAUGGGGUCAGCGGGUCGCAUGUGCUGGGCGCUGCUCGCAGUGGUUCUGUUGGGGCUUCAUCACUCCGCCGGCUUCUGGAUCGUCAACGUCGUUUUCCCACCCAGCACUAAACCCAAAGUACCGAGCAACAACACUUCGCCGCUCAUUAUAGUGCCUGGGAACUUGGGGAACCGUCUUGAGGCCAAAAUAGACAAACCAACAUUGGUUCACUGGUUCUGCUACAAGAAAACUGAAAACUGGUUUCCUCUGUGGAUCGACCUCAACAUGUUCAUGCCAAUAGGUGUGGACUGCUGGAUAGAUAACAUCAGACUUAUUUACAACAGGACAACACGACGCUCAUCCAACUCACCAGGGGUGCAGGUCAGAGUGCCGGGAUUUGGGGAAACCUAUUCCAUAGAGUUUCUUGACUACAACAAACUGGCAGGUUACUUUCAUACUAUGGUGGAACAUUUGGUCAACGUCGGCUAUGUCCGGAACGAGACGGUUCGUGGAGCCCCCUAUGAUUGGAGAUUAGCACCAAAUGAGAACACAGCCUAUUUUCUAAAGCUGCAGGAGUUGGUUGAGGAGAUGUACAACCAGUACCAGAAACCAGUUUACCUGCUGGGACACAGCAUGGGCUCCCACUACGUCCUCUACUUCCUCAACCAUCAGCCAAAGGCCUGGAAGGACAAGUACAUCAGGGGUUUUAUUUCCCUUGGAGCUCCGUGGGGGGGCGCUGUUAAAGCACUCAGAGUUUUGACCUCAGGUGAAAAUGACGGCAUUCCGAUGCUUUCCAACGUCAAGAUCCGCGAGGAGCAGAGGAUGAUGACCACUAAUCCCUGGUUGCUGCCGUCAGAGGAGGUUUGGCCAGAUCACCAUGUUUUCAUCUCCACUCCAGCCUUUAACUACACCCAUCGGGACUACAAGCGUCUUUUCACAGACAUCAGCUUUGAGGAUGGCUGGCACAUGUGGGAGGACACCAAGAACCUCACCAGUGCUCUCCACCCGCCCGGUGUAGAGGUGUGGUGCAUGUACGGUGUGGGGCUUCCGACGCCCGUAACCCAUACUUACGACGAGGAGUUUCCCGACGGGGACCCGGUGGACUUUGUUUACGCUGACGGGGACGACACGGUGGACAGCUUCAGCAUGGGCUUGUGCAAGCGCUGGGUGGGGCAGCAAGAGAAGCCCGUCCACGUGACAGAGUACAGGGGCCUGGCCCACCUAGAUAUGGUGUUCCAUGAGAAAGUGCUCAAUCAGAUCCAGCAAAUCCUGGAGGGUAAAUCUGAUGUUCCCGAAGAGGUCGACGUCCGGUCAGAUGCUAUAUAGCAGUUCUGUGUUUGAUAUUACUGGAUUCCUGUGUAUACAUGUAAAAAUAAGCAUAUUUGGUCACUAGGUUCAGCUCUGAAGGGGUCUAACUCUGACCUUCUCAUUUAAACUAAAGUAUUGGUUUAUCUGUUCUCUGUUUAUUCCCAUAUAUAUAUAUAUAUAUAUAUGUGUGUGUGUGUAUAUACAU